AUGAACUCAAAACUCACAAAAAUCUUAGAAGACAAAGAAAACGCAAUUUUAAAAGAAAAACCUCAAUUUUCUCUCAAUAAUUCCCGCUCCUUCGGCACCGAGAUCACAAAAAAUUUCCUUCGCCCGCUCGAUCCAGAUACAUCAGACUCCCAUAACCCUCAAAGACUUGGUGACUACGCAAAAGAAAUUUUUUCUUAUCUUAAUAGCAUUGAAAGUCAAUAUCUUCCUCAAUAUGGUUAUAUGAAAUUCCAAACUGAUAUCAAUGAAAAGAUGAGAGGGAUUUUGCUUGACUGGCUUGUUGGAGUCCACUUAAAAUUUAAGCUUCUCCCUGAAACUUUAUUUUUGUGUGCUAAUCUUAUUGAUAGGUACCUUGAAAAAACGUCGAUUCUUAGAGGCAAAUUGCAGCUUUUAGGAGUGGCUGCGAUGCUAAUAGCUUCUAAAUAUGAAGAAAUUUAUCCACCAUCAGUAAAAGAUUUUGUAUAUAUCACUGAUAAUACUUAUACAAAAGAAGAGGUUCUUUGGAUGGAAAGGGAAAUUUUGAAAAAAUUGAAUUUUAAUAUCACAAUUGUGAGCCCGCUGAAAUUUAUAGAGAGGUAUGCAAGAGUUUCAGAGAUGAAUGAAAGAGCGUAUUGCUUGGCAAGGUAUAUGAUUGAGCUUUCUAUCAUUGAUUAUAAAAGUAUGAGGUAUAAGCCGUCGAUGAUUGCUGCGUCUGCAGUGUAUCUGGCUAAUAAAAUUUUAUCUCUUGUGCUGUAAUUGUGUAUGAGCUUUAAAUAGAAAUAAGAAAUUUCAGGCAAAUAUUUGGAAAAAAAAUUUUUUUUAAUGUGCUAUUGAUUGGGUUAAGCAUAAAUAGUGACUAUAUUUGACCGCAGUCACUUAUAAAUAACACGCCAUAUAUAGAAAAUGAAUUAAAGCCAUGCGCAAGAGAUUUAUGUAUUCUACUGCAAGGAGCUGAAAGAAGUCCUUUGCAAGCAAUCAAGAAAAAAUACUCCUUACAAAGCUACUUUGAGGUAUCGCAAAUUGUUAUUGUUAUGGGGCCGCAUGUAAAUAGCAAUAAGUAG